AAUAAAUCUUAUUACGACGUCCAGUCAUUUCUACUGUAACAGCAAGAACAGCUUAAAACAUUAGUGUAUGACUCAAAAAAAUCGCUUUAUGUAUUGUACACGACUCUUUUUUUUUAUGGUUUGUGUUAAAAAUCAUAAGAUACUUAGAUAUUAAAUAUUUCUCACACCUGUACUUUAAUAUAGAAUAGGUAUUACAGUAUAAUAGCAAAUCUAGUGAAAUUAUGUCAUCAGAUACAAGAGAUAAUAUUGUGGCCAUGGACUAUAAUACUGCAGCAUUAGAUCGUAAAUUUAAAGAAAAGGAAGAUGUUAUGCAUUUAGCCAAUAUUUACGCUGCACGUGAAAAAGAAUACUGGUAUACAUUAAAAGAAAACAACGAGUUGAAAUACGCCAUGAACAAACAACGCAUAUUAGUUAUAAAUCAUUAUGACGAAAUUUUAAACAGCUUAGACUCAUUAAAACAAGAACUUGAAAUCAAAGAUCUCAAAAUAAUACGUUUAAUGGAUGAUAUUAAUUUGCUUAAAAUAAAAAAAGAUCAAAAUGGUAUUAAGGAAUUAUUUGGGGAGCGCAUAACGGAGUUUUCAGAAAACUUAGAGGGUGAAUACUUCGAUAACAUACUUAAUGAUUCAAAAAACAGAAACGAACUAAACGAAUGCAAGUUAUUAAUUGCCGAAGAAAUUAAUCAACUCAAAGGAUCAAGUGAUAUAGUUUAUGAAGUCGAAAAUUAUCGGAUGCCAGAUCUAAUAAAUAUGAUCCUUAACAUUAUACGCGACAAAGCAGAACACUUUGAAACAAUUAACAAUAAUUUAUCUCAAUAUGUUGAAGAUCAUAAUCAAUUAUUCAAAGAAAUCGAUAACUAUAAAGAAUGGCAGGAACGUUUAGAGAGCGAAAAUGGACGAUUAACUAUCGAAAUUGAAAACCACAAAUUUGACCGGACUUUGUUUAUAAACAAAGAGAAUGAGUAUAAUGAUCUAAAAAAAGAAUAUUCCCAGUUACUAUCCGCCUAUGAUAAGGUUAACAAAAAAAACGUGCAAUUAAAAUCAUUAGUUAACCAUUACAAAGAACAGUUAGCAGAAAAGGAAAUAAAUUGUGUAGACAGUGAUAACAUAAUAAAAACUCUGAACUUGAAUUUAAAUGAACAGACGAAUAAAUUAAACCAAACCAUAGUGAUGUAUAACAAUGAAAAGGCCAUACAUAAAAAAAACGAAAGUUACGUACAACAAAUGGUAGAAGAUUUUACGGAUAGAAUUCAAGAAAAGAACGUCGAAAUUGAAGCAAUGCAAAAUGAAUGCUCUAUGUUAAAACAAAUCAACAAUUCUGCUGAGGAAGAAAUACAAAACUUAAGAGACAACGUUAUGACCUUAGAAUACGUGUUGAGCAAGAGAAAUGAGAAAAAUAAAACCUACCAAGAAAAGAAAGAACUAAGAAAACAUCAAUCAUUAAUGCAGUUUAAUGAUUUCUUACACGUUUUGAGUACAUUAGAACAACAAAUGAACAUUAUGUUGGAAGAUAUGUUCACAUGUAAGAAAAAAAUAACUAGAUAUGAAAGUGUGUUACACAAUAUGCAAAAUGCUAUCCAACAACAGUGUUUAGCUAGGAGCGGUUGGAUAGCCAAACACGAAAAUAUAAAAAAAAAAUAUGAUAUAAUGAAAAAUGAAAUGGGAAAAAAACAUGAUACUUUAUUGGAACAUCAGGUGGAAGUUGAUAAUUUGAAAAAAGAUUAUAAUUUAAGAAUAACAAGUUUAGUUGAUACAGAAAUCAAACUGAGACUUGAAAUACAAGAUUUAAAAAAAAAAUUAGAUAAAAAAAAUUCCUUUUUAAUUACGGCUGAAAAAUUAGCUAGUUUACAACUGUUUAAUGCUACAAACCAGAUAAACAAUUUAACUCGUAUCUCAACCAUUCAAUCUCUUGAAAUCAAUGACAUGAAAGAACAUAUAUCCAUAAUGCAACGUGGUAUACUUAAACCAAAAACUAAGGACACAAGAUAUCAAAUUUAUAGGGAAUGUUCAAUUGACAUAAUGAAAAAAGUUAAACAAGAAAACAGGAUAUUAUUAGAACAGUGUAAAAUACGCGAUGAAAAAAUAAAAUACCUUGAAAAUAACAGAUACUGUAACAUCAGCAAAUUAAGACACUUCAACUAACUUAAAUUUAAAAUUUAAAUUAAUAAGACAAC